UUGUGACUAUAAUUAUAAAAUUUAAUUUAAAAAGUUCACUUGUAUCGUUCGGAUCUCAGUCGAAAUAAAAAUGAAAUUUCUCGCUGUUGCACUUUUCAUUUCGUUUGCACUUGCAACAAUAUCUUUCAAUAGCGGUUACGCUAGGAACACUACUUGGGGAUACAUAGGACCAUAUGACUUGCUAUUACAUCGGGAUUUUGUUGUGAGAAGUUCAAGUUGGUUAAGAGUAAUUUCCGAGGAUGUAACUUAUCCACCAAAAGGUUUUGUGAAUCAAUACAUAAUCAGCGGAGUUAGAGCAAUUGAUAAUGCCCGUAAACAUGGCGGUUACGCUACUUUAAUACGCGGUGGCCCAGGCUUUCGUAACGCAACAAUUCAUCUGAAAUCUGAACGCAGCGAAGGUUUAAAUUACACUGUUGAGUUCUUUGGAAGACGGUAAAUGAUUCAAAUAAGUAGUCAAAACUAAAGAAGUACUUAAGUGAUACAUGUUUUCUGUACAAAAUUGUAAUUAAACAAAAUAUAUCAAUAAACAUAAUGUAAAUUUACAAAUAAG